CAUAAUUUUAAUAAGGGCUGAAUAGACUUCAACAUCUAGUGAAAAAAAAAACAACGGAGGGCACAUACGAAAUUCUGCGAGUCAUCCACUGAAAGGCAGGAAAGCAGCCGAAACAUUUACGCGUAAUCUCUGUAUUCUUUCGAAGUUCGAAUGCACAAAGCUGCCUAACUUCGAAAACAACCCUACGGCAUACAAUCAAAAACAAAAACAAAAAACACACAACCAACACCCCUGCUGCUGCAAUUGUAGAUAUUUUGUGAGUGUUCCAACACGCCGUCAGUGCCAAGGAACGCAUCUCGCAUCUUUUACCGCUGUAGACAACACCUUGCCGCACCCUAUCGCCCACACGCCUAGGAAGGAGCAGCUGCUUGAGCCACAGCCGCAGCAGCGCUAUCGACAACAACUAAUAUUAAAUUUUUCUGCUCAGUGUAACAGUGUACUCUGUGCUUUUAGUUCCGCAGUCGCCGAGCAAAGUAUCGCAACAAAGCAAGGAAUAUGGCGGAACCAGCACCAGCAGCCGAUGCUCCACCAGCCGAUAACGCCGCUGGCGGUGAGGGCGGNGAUGGUGAGAUUGUCGGUGGACCGCGCAAUCCUCAACAGAUUGCUGCACAAAAGCGGUUACAGCAGACGCAGGCACAAGUCGAUGAGGUCGUCGAUAUAAUGCGAACAAAUGUGGAGAAGGUGCUUGAGAGAGAUCAAAAGCUAUCGGAAUUGGAUGAUCGAGCUGAUGCCUUACAGCAGGGUGCUUCGCAAUUUGAGCAACAAGCUGGUAAACUAAAACGAAAAUUUUGGUUGCAAAAUUUGAAGAUGAUGAUUAUUAUGGGCAUUAUUGGACUAGUCGUUGUGGCCAUUAUUGCAAAUAAACUAGGAUUAAUAGGCGGCGAGACACAGCCACAAUAUCCACAGUAUCCACAAUAUAUGCCACCACCACCGCCACCACCACAGGCACAAGCGCCAGCUGCUGGCACUUCAUCAUUGGACGACGACGGCGGCAGUGAUGGCAACAAAGAGCAACAUGGUGCAGUAUAAAGCUUUUCUUCAAAACAACUAAGUUAAAGUGAACAAAGCUAAACAACAAAUAAAUAAGAAUUAUAAUCAUUACAUAGAAUGGACAAAAAAAAAAAACAAAAAAAAAACAGAAGUAAAAGAAAAGAAGCAGAGAAAAACUACUGAGUACUAAAGAAGGGGGAAAACUGACUGACAGUUUUCAAAACAGGCCGGACAUUAACAGCAAUGAGGGCGCAAAAUUUCCUAUAUACAUAUAUACAAUGCAUAUAAGGAAAUGUGGUUUGAGAGAUGAAUUUUAUCGAAUUGUUCAGGCAGCAGUGGAUGGGCUUAUGGGGUCGAAAUUAAUUUUGUUAGCCUUUCGUGUGGAACACUUUAUUAUUAUUAUUUUAUUUAUUUAUGAUGGAUAUCUUAUUUUAUUAUUUAUUUAUUUUUUUUUUUAAAUUGAAUUCUCGGUCUUUGCUCAAUUGUUUCGAAAAGAAAGUUUUACGACCAGCUGAUUGCUGCUUCAUUAAAUUUUAGUGGUUUUGAGGUUAGAUGACCCCAAAUUCAAUAGUUCCCAUCUGCUGCUGCACUGGCUGGACACCACUUAUGCAACAACAAAUACAGUCAUACACCAAAAGAGCGACAAAAAUAUAUUCUUUCAGCAAUACAAUUUCAAUAGCAGAAAAAUGCAAAAACUGGUCAUACGAAAUUAAUUACAACGUCAACUUAAUUAAUAAACAAAACAUUCAAACAAUGAGUAAACAAUUACUAAUAUUUCAAAAUAUUGACAUUUGAAAAAUAUUUGUUUAUGGUUGCAUUAUUUGUGAGAAAGCCAAAUAUGACAAAAAAAAAACAUAAACAAAAAUACGGGACCAAAACCAAAGAGCAACGGCCAGAGGGCAAAGGGCAUAAAUAAAACCAAUGUUUAAACUAUAACAAAAAUAAAUGGAAAUACUUGUGUUAUUAUUAUAAAAAAAAAAAA